AUGACGGCCUCCAAUUCCAACUCCUCAAAUACACCUGCAAAUGAUGUGGCCGGAAGCGGCACAGGUGCCGCCGUCCCAUACGGAACGCGUUCCCGUAACAGAACUGGAACAUCGCGGCCGAACUAUGCGGAAGACAAGGAAUUGGAUGUAGACUUUGAGGUUACGGUACCUGCGAAGGAAAACAAGGAGAGCAAUGGGCGCAAAACGACAAGAGGGGGCAGCGAUAUAGGUUCGGCCUCUCUGGAGACUGGGCGAGCUGUAGGUACUACUCGAAAGACCGGACCCGAUGCAGGUCACUUUGUGACCGUCCAAAGCCACUAUAAGGACCCCAUCCCCGGCACUUCUACCUUCUCCGCCAACCCGACCGUAACCACUGUCACCACCCAACCCUCGAAGAAACGAAAGGCAGCCAGUCAGUCCAGCACGCCCGCGGCUCACAGCCAGGCUCAGUUAUCUAAUCAUGGUGCAUCCGCGGAUCACGCAGCAGCGCGCAAGGCCAGUAUGGCCACUCAGGUCAUGGCUGGAUUUCGAGCGACAAAUAUGCUCAGCUUCGACAAUUGUGGUGCUCGGCUCGAGGGCGGAAAGCUUAGAGCAGAUGAUGGGACUAUACUCGAGGUUAACGACCAUGUCUACCUUGUCUGCGAACCACCGGGCGAACCAUACUACCUUGGCCGAAUUAUGGAAUUUUUACAUAUCAACAAUGACAAUACGCAGCCCAUUGAUGCGUUACGGCUUAACUGGUAUUAUCGUCCAAAAGAUAUCGGUCGUAAAGUCAAUGAUACUCGUCAAGUAUUUGCGUCCAUGCAUUCGGAUAUCAGUCCGCUUACGGCCCUUCGCGGGAAAUGCCAAAUCAAACACAAGAGCGAAGUUGAGAAGUUAGAUGAGCUAAGAAAGACUCAAGACUGCUUUUGGUACGAAAAGCUGUAUGAUCGUUACAUACAUCGCUUCUACGACGUGAUCCCGACUAGCCAGGUUAUCAAUGUGCCAGUGGAAGUCAAGAAAGUCCUUGAUGAGCGCUGGAGGUAUAUUGUGGUGGAGCCGGGCCGUGGGAAAGAGUUGACAAGUGCGGUUAAAUCCUGUAAAAGAUGCAACAAAUAUUGUGCAAGCAAUGACUCGGUCGAUUGUGCGGUGUGUCGAAACACUUAUCACAUGAGUUGCGUGAACCCGCCAUUGCUCAAGAAACCCUCGCGAGGAUUCGCUUGGGCUUGCGGUCCAUGUAGCAAGGCUCAGGAAAAGAAGCUCGAGGCACGCAAUACACCAAAUAUGACCGACUCUGUCGCGGAUCCGGACGACGACGACCUUAUGGAUGAAGAUGAUGAUCUCCCUUCCGUCCCCGAAGAUCCCCCUGAAACGGAACAAACAAGCCCCACAAGGUCUAGCGAAGUAGAGGUAUCCAUACACCCCGGCACAGCGGAACAAGUACACCAGGCAAGCCUGUGGCUAUUCCGUUAUCUAGGAAUACACUGCAGAGUUGAGGAUGCGUUGGAUUAUGAUGAUCGAAUUUACCCAAGAGCAAGUUCUCGUCUCGGGCCGCGACACCAAGCCAAUAUCACGCAAUGGCCGGGCAGACCUGUGGAGUAUGUCAAGUCAGCGGAUGUUAAAAGGAAGUACGCAAAGGGGGGAGCUUAUAAGAAGGAUACAAAACUUUCGAAAGAGACCAUCGCUGCUUUGGAAGCUGAAAAGGUUGCACGGGAGAAACGUCCCAAGUGGGUGAUGGAUGAGCCGCCGGGCUAUGUUCACCGAGGAGAAGAUUACGACAGCGAUGACCCGAAUAGUACUUCAAAAUUGCUAUUCCAACUUCCUGAAGUUGGUGAAAAGUCUGUUGAUCGCGGGCAAGAUGCCGAUGAUGGUGGCUCUGAGCAUCUCGACUUCUCUAGCCGUGAGAAGCUUGUCCAUGACUAUAUGGCACGCGUGAAGAAGUUGGCGAAGCCACUAGGUUUACCGGAAUUUUCAACCAAUCUCCUAGACGUAGGUCUUCAGAUGCUCCGUACUCACGGAUUCGAUCCCGAGAAGGCGCUCCAAGCGUUGCAGGCAGUUGACAAGAAAACGUUCAAGGAACCGGAACUGAGCCCUGCGGAACUGAAAAGAUUCGAGGAUGGAGUAGCAAAAUACGGUUCCGAAGUGCAUAGUAUCAAAAAGCAUGUCAAGUCUGUCAGCGCGGGUGACAUUGUCCGGUUCUACUACACUUGGAAAAAGACCGAGCGAGGAAAGCAAGUAUGGGGUAAUUAUUCGGGCCGGAAGGGCAAGAAGGAAGCAAAGAAAGCUGAAGCAAGUACCGGCAAAUUGCAGGAUGAUGUUGCUGAUGAACACGACGAUUCGGCAUUUGACAAUGAGAAGGCCUUUGAGAAGAAGAGGGGUUUUCAAUGCAAGUUCUGCAAUACCAGAAAUUCGAGACAAUGGAGACGAGCUCCAAAUACACCCGCCGGGAUGAUGGUCACGGAGAAUACAAACGGCAAGUCAUCUGGGAAAGAGAAGGGGCCUCAAUUGAUGGUGGCAUUGUGUUGGAGAUGUGCAGAACUCUGGCGGCGCUAUGCUAUCCAGUGGGAAGACAUUGAAGAAGUAGCGAAGAAAGUUGCCCAGGCCGGAGGGCGGGCUUGGAAACGGAAGAUCGACGAGGAACUGCUGAAAGAGCUUGUGGCUGCAAAUGAAGUCAUGAACCAAGCGGCCAAUGGUCCAUCGAUAGGUUCCACACCUGCAGGUGGUACCCCAGUUCCCACGCCCCAGAAUAUUCCCGCCGGAGCUGAGCCACCCAGAAAGAAGAUAAAGGGUACACUUGAAAUAGAAUUUGCAGAACCCCAAACGGACUCUGGCGUUGUGGCAACGACGGGACCGCAAAAGAAGAAGGCUUCGGUCGAGAAGCCCAGUGCGCCACCCCCAGCACCAGAGCUACCUAAACCCAAGAUCUUACCAUGCGCAAUAUGUGGCGAGAUGGAACCCAUGGGCGAUCAACACCUGUCAUGCAGGGAUUGCCGGAUGACGGUUCAUCGAAACUGCUAUGGUGUCGUCGGUGAGAAUCGAAGUCCCAACAAAUGGGUUUGUGACAUGUGCUCAAAUGAUAAAAAUCCUCAGGUCUCAGUGCAAUACAAAUGCAUGCUCUGUCCUGUAGAGUACACAGAACAGGACUUCGUCGAGCCGCCAAAACACGCCCACAAGAAGAGGAACGACAAAGACCGAGAACGAGAUCGUGUGGAGCGUGAGAAUGCUCAGAAGGCCGCUGACUACUUCCGAAAGAAACAAGAAGAAAUGAACAAGCCAGUCAACCCGAGGGAACCAUUGAAACGCACCGCAAACAACAAUUGGGUCCACGUUACCUGUGCUGUCUUCACACCAGAAGUCAAAUUCGGCAAUGCUAAGGCGUUGGAGCCUUCCGAAGGAAUUCCGUUAAUCCCUUCUGCAAGAUAUGAUGAGAUAUGCAAGGUCUGCAAACAGAAAGGUGGCGCAUGUGUGGGUUGUCACUCGUGUCGUGCCCCAGUGCACGUCGAAUGCGCCCACCAAGCUGGCUAUAUUCUGGGUUUCGACAUAAUUCCGGUAAAAGGAUCUCGCCGAGACCAAUUUAACAUCGUCAAUAUCAAUGGCGAAGUCGGUACUAUGACCGCUGCAAUAUGGUGCAAAGAGCAUCUCCCGGCAAAGACUGUUGUGCAUCGGAUGCAUGACGUCGUAGACGAUACAGGUCUCAACGCGCUGCAGCUUUAUGUCCAGAACUUCAAACAGGCGGAUCUGACUCUAACGGGUACGGUUCGCAAAGCUACUCUUGUCAAUCAGUCGACCAAGGCCGUCAAUCCGGUUCCCAGCAGUGCUUUGCCUGCAAAUCGCAGAACCUCCACAACAGCGGCAAGCAGUGGCCCUUCUCUCCCUGGCCGAGGAUCUGUCUCGCAUGUCAAGGUUGAGGAAGGACGAGGGGAGGUAGGACUGGCGGUUGGUGGGGAAGCCGAGAAAAUAUGUGUUACUUGUGGCGUUGAUGUGAGUCCAAAGUGGUGGCCAUGCUCUCCGUCUCCGCGUGACAGUACCCCGGCAGCUCCCGGUAGCCUUUGCAAUGGAGAUUAUGCUCAUGAAAAUGAGCCAUCGGUGGCCGGAGGAUCCGUACUUCAACCCCCCGGUGCGGAGAAUGGCAGUGGCCAUGUAGCUCUUGCAGCUGCUGCCCUUCACCAAAACGGACAUCAGCCCGCACCGACCUCAACCGAGUUCCAGUGUCAUAAGUGCCAUUGGAAGAAGAUACGAAAAGAGCCCACUCCAAUUCCUGCGGCGCUCCCACCGCGAGAUACUUCUCGGCCUCUGAUUCCUCCGUCGUCAGCCAGUGCUUCCAGUCCCGACGCAGAUGUGGUGCAUCCUCCUUACGCGUGGCCGCAUCCACCUCCAUAUCAAUCGAAUGGUCCCUAUAACAACUGGUCGCGUCAAUCGCCUGCUCCUCAAGGUGUCGCACUGGUCAAUCAGCUCAACGGCAAUCGCUCACCACGUAUCGGUACCGGAACCGUUCCACAACUCAACGGUCAACCCCCACUGCGGCAGCCGGUUCCACCUGUUCAGCCAGUGUCGCACUCUCCGCACCAGAACGGACACAUAACGCAGACCCCUAACGGUUACCCUCCAUCGCCACAUCAUAGUAUAGGUCCUACAACACUACACAUGCAGAACGGGCCUUACUCCUCAUUUGCUUCUACACGACCAACUCCACAGCACUUGACCAAUGGUGGCCCCCCACCGCGUGCCCCUGAGCAUCCAUUCUCGCAGGGCAAUGCGCAUAUGCAUCACCGUGCCUCCUUCGGACCGCCGCUGCAGGGCAGUCCUCCGAUGCUUCACGAAUCGCAUCCACAGGGACGGGAUCUAGGCAGUCAGCAAAACGGCACUCGACCAAACGAUGGUCGAGUCAACGGUGGGGCCAGUGCGAGCCCAUCGUUGCGAAACCUGCUUUCCUAG